UUGGCGGACGGCGGAGCCAGGAAUAAUUGGAUGACCAUUCAAAAAGUCAGGAAAGAGGGCGUAAGCUUGCAGUGACAUAGCCUUAUCUCAGUUGGCAGUAAAGUGAGGUGUGAAUGAUGCCACUCUUUAGGAACUUGACCAAGAUUGCCAAACAGGCACUGCUGAGCAAUGGUUGCAGUUGCCAAAUUGCUGCUGUGACUGUCAGACCUAUGAGCUGGAGCCCCAGACAAGUCAAUGUAGAUGCUAGCUUUCACUCCGUGUCUUUUGCUGAAUCAGAUCACCCCCGUGUUCUUAUCACUGGUGGGUUAGGCCAGCUUGGUGUGGGGCUUGCUAAAUUGCUCAGGAAACACUUUGGUAAAAACAAUGUAAUACUAUCUGACAUCAGAAAACCACCAGAUAAUGUAUUUCACAGUGGGCCAUUUAUAUAUUCUGAUAUUUUGGACUACAAGAACCUACGUGAAAUUGUUGUCAAUAAUCGUAUUACAUGGCUGAUUCACUACAGUGCCUUGCUAAGUGCUGUUGGGGAAGCAAAUGUACCUCUAGCACGCAGUGUCAAUAUUACAGGUCUACACAAUGUCUUGGAUAUUGCAGCUGAACAUAAUCUUCGCCUGUUUGUUCCCAGUACAAUUGGUGCAUUUGGGCCAACUUCACCAAGAAAUCCAACUCCUGAUCUCUGUAUACAGCGACCUAGGACUAUCUAUGGAGUCUCUAAGGUUCACGCAGAGUUAAUGGGUGAGUACUACCACCAUAGGUAUGGCCUGGACUUCCGAUGUCUGAGGUACCCUGGCAUAAUUUCGGCAGACACCCAGCCUGGUGGGGGUACAACAGACUACGCUGUUCAGAUUUUUCACGAUGGUAUAAAAACAGGAAAAUUUGAAUGCUACCUGAGGCCCGACACAAAGCUCCCCAUGAUGUAUAUUGAUGACUGUCUGCGUGCAACACUGGAAAUCUUAGAAGCACCAGCAGAGCAGCUCAGAAUGAGAACCUAUAAUAUCAAUGCCAUGAGUUUUACUCCUGAAGAGCUGGUAGCUGAAGUCCAAAAGCAUCUGACUGACUUGAAGGUUACUUACAAAGUUGAUAAUGUACGCCAGGAAAUUGCUGAUAGCUGGCCAAUGGAAUUUGAUGACCAUAAUGCUCGGCAAGACUGGGGCUGGAAGCAUGAAUAUGAUCUUCCUGAGCUGGUGUUUACCAUGUUGAAUUUCAGCACAACUUAUAGACAGCUGAUGCAAGCAAAUUAGGAAAUGAAGAGUGAAAUUUUUGAAGGACCAGUAUUUUCAAGGGAGCCAAUGUACAUAGAACUUUGUGCAGGAGUUACUUUGUAAAACUUUAAUCAUUUUGUAUAAAUAUUUCUUUAUCUGUACUUGAACUGACCUGACAGCUAUGAUUUGAUGUAUAUCUUGUGGAUAGAAAAUUCAAUUUAUGAUUGGUGUUGAUAAUCUGACUUGACUGGUUCAAAAUGCAUCAAUGUUGAAGUGUUUGAUCUACUUUUACCAAAAGUAAGAAGUGUCAGCAUUUAGGUCAAAAUCUUUUUACUUUUAGUUUUAUUUCUAAAAUUACUUUCACUUUAUGCUGGAAUGUGGAGGAAGGGAGGUAGUGAUUAGGGUAAGAUGAAGUGAAGAUGCAGUCAAUCUUCAAAAAAAAAAGCACCUGUCACAAAAUCCAUGUUUGGGACUUGAUCUUGAGCCAUUGAUAAUAUUUUAAUAGUAUUGAAUGAGUUGAGUUCAUGGUUACUUUGGUUGCAGUUUCUUUAUUUAAUUCUGUUGAAGAUGUUAUUAAAAAAUGUACACUGUUUCCAAAAAUGUAGUUUUAUAUAUACUAUAUAUAGUAUAUAUAGUAUUUGAUAGAAUUUUUGAACUCUGGCCAUUGCUUACAACAACAGUAUUUCUCACUACAGUGAUCAUCAGCAGGUAGUGCACAUACUUCUGAAUAUUCUUGGUGCUGAGGUUGUAAUAUUCCUGUGUCAUUACAUUUCAUAACAAACUGUUUUUGCAGUGGCUGCUGAGAUGCCUUGGCAUGAAUUUGCUUGAAUUUAGCCAGUGUUUUUUGUUGUUCUAAAGUAGUGAAAGAGGAGCAUGAGGAUAUAAAGGUUGGAUACUGGAUUCCAUUUCUGAUGGCAAAGAAUCCAUAGUUAGCUUUAGUGUAAAAAUUAUGUCUGGUUUUUAGCUUGCAAGAAAUUAAUAAAUAAUACCUGUAUUAAAUUUCAUUUGAAGUUUACAGAUUUACUGGAUUUGCUAAUUUAUGACAAUUCUUAAUAAACAUAGAAAAUGUGAUUUUAAAAAUCAUGCAUUUAAAUUUGCAUUCACAAAACCUGCAAUGUUAACAGAUAUGAGAACAGCAAGAGAAAUUAAAAUAGAAAUAUUAGGAAAAUAGGAUUGUAUUAUACAGCCCUAAGUAAGGGAAAUUCAUUAGAUGUUCAAAAAAAACUGCUACACUGGUUUCAGAUUACCAUCCAUUAUCAUUAUACCUUUUUAUUGGAAGAAUGCAGUAUUCAAAUAGAGGCAUGAUGAUAAUGGUUGGUGCUGGGAUCUUUGCUGUUCAUGAUAGUUAAUUGCUUUAUUCUUUACAAUCAUAUGUUAAUUCUGAUGUAUGCAUGACAAAUAAAUAUCAAAACAUCA